AUGAAGGUCCCAGCUUCAUUCCUCCUGCUCUCUGCCGUUGCCACGGCUCAGACGGUAAUUGAGUCCUCAAGCUUCGGUCAUGGCGCCAUGGUAGCGCCUAGCCGGGAGGGCAUCCCCGGUUGGGACAUUGGAGGAGAAGGACAUUUCCCUCAGAUUCUUUCGAACAAAGUCAUUUUGACGCCCCCAUACCCAGGCAAUACAAGAGGAUAUGCUUGGUCUCAAACCCCACUAUCCCAAUCAGAGUGGGCAGCCGAGUUUCAGUUUCGAGCCACUGGAGUUGAGAGAGCUGGAGGAAACCUCCAGUUUUGGUACGCCAAGGAUGGAAAAGAGAAAGUCGGCUCCGCGAGCAUCUACACCGUGGGCCAAUGGGAUGGGUUUGCCCUCGUCGUAGACACCCACAGUGGAAGGGGUGGCAGCAUUAGAGGUUUUCUUAACGACGGCACGACAGACUACAAGAGCCACAGGAGUGUCGAUAGCCUGGCUUUUGGACACUGCGACUACUCGUACCGUAACCUUGGACGGCCAUCUGUCGUCCGCGUCAAGUCCACUAAUUCCAUCUUUGAAGUCACGGUAGACGACAAGCCCUGCUUCGCCACGGACAAGGUUGCUAUCCCCGCUGGAAACACCAUAGGUGUCACAGCUGCGACUCCCGAAAACCCUGACUCUUUUGAAGUCUUCAAGGUUGUCCUCCAGACCGCUAGUUCUCCUGUGGGAAAAGCUCCCCCAGUCCAGGCGCAGAACACCAACCAGCAACCUCGCGCAGCCCAGCCCCAAGGAAACACCCAACAAGAGCAGGCUUCAUCAAACAAUCUCGGCUCGAUAAACGCACAAUUCGUGGACAUCGGCAGCCGCAUCCAGCUGAUCAACCACGCUACUAACAACAUCAUCCGCGAGCUUGGGAACCAGGCCUCCAAGUCCGAAACUAGACAAUCGGAGCUUCUCCAGCGACUUGCCACAAAGGAGCAAAUCCAAGGACUUGACGCUCGCCUCCAACGUAUGGAGCAAACGCUACUGUCUAUUCAACGUGACCUGGAAGGCAAGGACUACCGUGACCGAUUCAACCAGCUCCAUGAAACCCUGAGGUCGUCGCAUCAAAGCUUGACAGAGAACCUCAAGGACAAUGUGCUUAGUGUCAUCACGGCGUCAACCCCCCGCAUGGGCUUCUUCAUUUUUGCCAUUAUCGCUUUCCAGGUCCUCCUCGCUGGUUCAUACGUUAUUUACAAACGCCGCCGUGCCAAUAUGCCUAAGAAAUUUCUUUGA